AUGGAGGAAGCCGACGCAGCUGGAGCGGCCGGCGUGCGCGGGGCGUCGGCCAAGCGCGGGCACACCGGCGCGAUGAGCAGGGAGAGCGAUGGUGGCAGCGUGGGGAAGCCGCAGCAACUCUGCAAGGACAUGGACUGGCUCAUCAACACUGCCAUGGACGAGCUCCUUUCGCUCGACCGGGGAAGGGGAAGGGGAAGUGGAUCAUCAUCAUUGCCACCACCACCGUCAACACUGCCAUUGAUCAUAGAGGAGUUCUUCAUCGUCGUCUAUGAAGACCCUUUGGUCAAGAAGGAACUCCCAAAAAAAUUUGCGGACUAUCUUGACGGCAAGGAGCCAGCUAAGGUGUAUCUGCGAGCAGCUGACUGCGGUCCUCGUCUCUGGACCGUGGAGGUCCUAUUUGACGGACAAGGCCGGAUGUACCUCGACAAGGGCUGGGAGAAAUUCGCCAUCGCGCACGGUGUGGAUUUCGGCUGGUUCGUACACUUCAAAUAUGAAGGCGAUGAUGUGCUCACAGUGAAGGUGUUCGACGGAACAAUGUGCAGGAGGUACUACUACUCAGACGACGAAGAUACUGACGAUGAAAGCGACGACGACGUGAAGCCAUGCAUCCAUCCCCUUUAGAUAAUUAAGGGGAUUAUGACCAAGAAUAUAUAUGUAGCUUCAUAUGCAUCGAUUUAGAGAUCUAGCUAUUUUCUAUAUAUUAUGCAUGUAAAAAAUAAUAUCGCAUUUCCACUAUUAUUC